AUGGACAUGUUGGGCCCCUUCCUUACGGGUCUGAGUGAUCGGGGUAAGCUGCUGCUGGCGGGCGACCUCAAUGUUGUGGAAGACCCAAUCCUCGACAAGUCCCUGGGAGGUGGCUCGUCCGAGGAAAAUGACAGGAUGCUGCAGCUAAAUCUGUUCAGCGGUCUUCACAUGGCAGAUACGUUCCGGACGCUUAAUCCGGGCAGUCGCGAGAGAUAUGCGACAGAAGAGAGGAAGCGGGUGCGUGUGGCGCUACAUCACCUGGAGCUAACGGUCUCCGGUUUGCAGCAAGAGCUGAUGAGGAACCCUCACCUGGAUGACCUCCGCACGUUCCUGACAGAGAAAGAAUCGCAGCUGGCCGCGUAUUUGAAAGGGGAAAAUGACAGAUUGCAUUGCUUUGCAGGGGUGAAAGAGGAGAUGAAGGGUGAAAUUGCGUCGAAGGUUCUCUCGGCGAAGGUGAAGUCGAAGAAGUCACGGACAAUGAUCACUGCUUUGUCUUCGCAUGGGGUGGAACAGAGAGGAAAGAAGGGUAACCUGGCAGCUGCCUCCCAGUUCUACUCUACAUUAUUUGCGGAGAACCCCCCGUCAGGUCUGCCUUGUUGGAAGCCGGAUAUGCUGAAAACGCUUCGGGAUGAAGAGAAAGCUGGCCUUGAUGCAGAUUGGUCGGAGGAGGAGGUAAAAGAAGCACUAAAGAACAUGGCGUGCGACAAAUCCCCGGGCAGCGACGGGCUGCCAAAGGAGCUCUUCGAGUACCACUGGGACCUGUUGAGGGGGGAUUUCAUGGGUUUCAUCAAGCAGUUUGAAUCAUCGGCGUUCCUACCGGAGGAAGUGUAG